AUGAGUAUAAGUGAAGGAGAUGAAGAAUGGACCAAGAAAAGGGAGGGUAAGAAAUGGGGAGUUUUGGUAAUCCAGGGCCAAGAAAAGGGAGGGUAUGAAAUGGGGAGUUUUGGUAAUCCAGGGCUGAGAAGGGAGGGUAUGAAGAAUGAAAAACUCAGUGGUUUCAAAACAGUGUCCAAUCAUUUGGUGAUUUUGGCUCAGGAGGUAGAGGUGGUGUACCCUCAGGGAGAAAAUGGCCAUGUUUAUCACAAGAAGCUUGCUGUCCUGAAAAGGAUUGCCAGUGAUGUCAUUGGGGUGGCUUAUGUGUGGUUCUGGAGAGGCUGGAGGAGAUACAAUAGGGUGGGCAGAAAGAAUAUGCUUCAUGCAACCAGCAGUAGUCUUGAAGAAAUGUUUGCAGCCCACAUUGCCGCAAGGGACUUGGAAUGCGCUGAAGUCUCACUGAGCAACCUGAGUGUGAGGGACAAUUUCUGGCAUGCUGAGGAAGAUAAAGGCAAGCAGAAGUGCCAAGGGCCAAAGCAAGGCCCUCUGCAUUGUGGAUACUAUGUUUGUUUGGCAUGUUGGGAGAGGACAUACAAAUUCAUUUCAGAUCAUUUGAAAAACCUUGCUCUCAACCAACUCAAAUUUCCAUCCCUCCCAGUCUUGGAUUUGCUGGUACUAAUGUCUCAAAUGAUUGAGCCAAUCUGCCACACCCAUGCCAAAAAUGCAACUGCUCACCCUGGUCAAAUUGUGCUAGAUGCCCAACAGAAGCACUGGACACCCAAAGUGAAGGCAACUGAUGAGAAGCAUCUCAAAGCUGCUCAAGAAGCCAAGGAAGCACUGGCUGUGGCAGGGCUUAACUGGCUUGCAGAACUCAUCACUACAAGGGCACAACCAGCAAGGGAGGAUGCUGAUGAAGAUUUCCUGGCAGGUGACGAUGAUUCAGGUGAUGAUGGGAGGAAAAAGAAAGGAGGGAAGAAUGCACAGUCACUAAGCAAUGCCAUAGUCAAAGCUUGCAAGAACUUAUCCACUGCAAAGGCUGAUAGUCAUGAUCAGCCACGUUUGCCCAAGAUGCCUGAAGUUACACACUUGGAUGAGCUUGUUGGAGGAUUUGGAGAUGAGGAUCUUGAUGAUUCAUUUGAGCAUGCUGUUGCAUUGCAUAAUUGUGGCAAAGUAUCCACCAUCAAAAUUACUUCCCAUGACACUGAUCCAGACCUCAUGCUGCCACCUCUUGCUCAACAACAAUCUCAAGUUAAUUCUGCAAGGAAGAGAAAACAAUUUGUGGACAUAACUCAAGGCAUUUCUGAAGAGGACGAUCUCUUGAGUCCACAAGAGGAGAUUGAUGAUAUUGUGUAUGAACCAGCUUCUGAUGAGGAAGCCAUGCAGGUCAAUGAAAUAGAGGAUGUGGUGAAGAAGCCUAUUGCAGUCAAGAUGCAGCAAGCUAACACCAUGAAAGUUUCACGUACUACAGCUGUGACAUCUGUCAGUACUGUAUCUCACUGUGACAACAAUGUUCCCCCCUCAAAGAAAGCAAAGACAACACAUGUGAAGUCUGAACACCCAGCAUCCACCACCAGUGCCAGGCCUAAGGGGGAUGGCAAUUGGGUGGAACUAGUGUCAAAGGCACAUUCAACAUACCUGAACACUGAUCUUCCUCCAGGUUGCCACGAAGAUGGAAAAUGGGCCAGGCAGUUUUUACCAAUGGUCUUUCUCUGGCUCAGUGCUCAGGAUGAACUUUGGACAAUUACUGAUGUGAAACUUCUUCAUGCAUGUCAGGAAAUUUUCAAGGUUGUCUUCCCAAACAUUCAAUACAAGGUUGUAACAUCUGGUUCAGUUUUUGGUGUAGUCACUCAGUGUGUCAGUGAAUGGCACAGCAACUUUGGAUCAACUGCACUCACUAUGGUGAUUGAUUUUCUAAAUUCAAACAGAGACACUUCUCCACAAACACUCGCAAAACUCUUCCUUGAUGAAUUUGCAUUUCUGUACCCUGAUCCUGAGAAUAUCAACAAGGCUGAAACCUUCCACUCUGCUUUUGUGCAAGAGCUGCUCGCUACUGCACAUCUUGCCCAGAUUAUUGGGCAUGCUGAUCUCAAAUGCACCUUCACCCUUGUCACCAACAACACCAUUGUUGUUGAUAAUCCCGAGGCACCUGUUGCAGGACAAAGGCUCAUUUAA